UUCCCGCGGAACCGUACGCGCCUUAAGCUGGUUGCCGUCAACAAGGACGCAUCAUCCGGGCUGGGCUGUCGAAUCAAAGCGGGAGCAGCUACCCAAGGCGAGAGACACCCCGUCACGCUCGAGCGAGCACACCUUGACGAGGAAGGGACAUCGGAAGGUUUUUGCGGAAUCGAAGAACAAAGGGAGCGAGGCAACGUAGGAGAGGGGCGAAGAAAAAAGCGAGGGGGAGAGCCAAGUCUAGGAUGGGCGGAAUCGACUGCUGCGCGAGGGUAUGUAUCGGGUUGUCCAUCCCGGGCAUCAUUUUCCUCAUCAUUAUCGGUAUCAUGUUCGACAAGCAGGGCUUCUAUACCUCGGUAGAGGUCGACGAUCCCACUGCGGCGGCGUCUGAGUGUUAUUUUGCAGCGUUGCUGUACGUUGUUGCGAUCGGGGUCUCACUCGGGGGCAUUUGCUACGACAAGAACCGGCGAGGGAUGUUGGUGACGACACAGGAGGAGCUCGCUCAUGGAGACGAGAGCUCAGGGCUUCUGGGAAGGGAGGACUCCGGUUACGGGUCGUUGACUUACCUUUCGCAGAUGCCCUUGAUGCCGCAGGGCUACUCCCGAAGCGACAACUACGUAGAUGGAUGAGCGUACAGUAGUAGUAGACGCAGACAGCAGGUUCGGUUUGUAUUCGCAGGAGUUAGACAUGCGAUGCGUUCUUUUUUUUUUUGGUUCGCCGGGCGUUGAGAUGCAGGUGCGGCUUCUUACUCCCUACUGCUCCUUGGUUGCUUUGUCUUGUGAGGUCGACGCGUCAAGUGCAGAGGCUUGUACUUAAACCUCUUGGUAGUGUUGCGGCGCAGGAGUUUCUGCGUGAACUCAGCAGAAGGGAUCGCCUUGAGAGGUGGCCGGCCUCCCGCGUUAGAGAGUCGUGCGUUAAUACCCUUUCAAUAUAUAACUGCCGUUACCAUUCUUGGACUUGCUGCCAGGCAACCAAGGAGAUGUGUUAUUGGCCGUCUCUUUGCCGCGAUAAAACAUCCUGAAUGGGCAGGAACGGCCUUAACCCCUGGCUUCGAGUUAAUUCGCGACGUAAGCGUCUCUUGCUUUGUGGGAACCAACCGGCAACGGCUGCUACUGAUGUUGCUUGUCUGGCGUCCAAGCCGCGGACCGAUCCUCGGAACGUGCGCGACGGGCCAAGAGAGCUAGGUGCCUUCGCUGCUAGGCCUCGGGUCGGUCGUAGUGCGGCUCUCUUUUCAUUUGUGGUGCUCUUUUUUUUGGUGUUCGCGGGGACCAAUCUGGGACUCUCUCGAUCUUUUUUCAGCAUUUUUUCCUUCGUUUAUGGGUAGGUCAUGCCUUUGGGGAUUUCCGACCCCCAUUACUAGAUUGAUGUAUCGUCGCCCAAGCGCACCAGCGGCGAUUGGCGUAUGUUUCCAGAAUGGACCCUUUCGGUGAUCAUCUGCGUUGAUUCUGGCAGCCAGUCACUGGCGUGAUAACCUAUACUUGUUGCCUUGACGAUUUUGUACUUGAUUUUCCGGUCUCGUUAGCAGUGGCUAGGGUGGUUAGCAGCUGGGCCACAAGGCAAUGGGAUAGGACGCAACUACAAUGAAUGAGUUUCGUUUUGUUGUGUCGAGGAGCGCGUCGCGGCAACUGCUAUGAUUUUGUUUGGCAUGGUUGUCUUGCGUUUCAUCUCUAAACCCCCUCGAUGUCGUCGC